AUGGCAGUAGUUUGUGUUAUUAGGGCACAUUUUUUUUACCCUAGUUCGACACAUUGGACAGAGGAUAAGAUUGCAAAACAAAUAUUAGACAUUCAACAAUCGAUAGAUAACAUUCCAGAUGAAGAUACGUUUCAACAGGAAUUAAAUGCUCUGGAAACUAAACUUAACAGUGAAUUACAAAAAGAACUAACAAAUAUUCAACAACAAAUACAAAACAUAGAUGAUAGCGAAAUCAAAACCUAUAUUCAUCAACAAAUACAGAACAUUGAUGAUAGUGUUAUUCAACAACAGAUAACCACUAUUAAUAACCUAGUUUUGAAACAGAACAAAAAUAUAGUCGCAUUAGAAAAAAGUUUCUCUCAAGAAUCAUAUUAUUUCAAUCUUCCAUUUGGAGGUUUUGAUGAUCCUUCUAUUACUGAUAAUAUUGAUAAAUCAAAAGACUAUGAAUUUAAAAAAUAUGGAUUUACAGCAAAUAUUAGAGUAAAAGUUGAUUCAAUAUUCUUCAGACAAAACUUAUAUAUAUCUAAUAAACAAUUUAACGCUCGUAAAGUUCUUCAGUUUAUCAAUGGUACAAGAAAUGUAGAAACUAAAGAAUUAGAAAUUAACGACGAAAACACCAAGGGUUGGUAUUAUUUAUAUCAUUACGAUAAAGAAAUGAUAGAAGAAGAAUGGUAUGAAACUACUAGAAUGGUUCCGAAACACACCGAAAAAGAAAACGUAGAAAAAGUUUACUCACAUACUCACCCUUUUAGAAGAUAUUUUAUCAGACUAAGCAUUAAAGGAGGAAUAGUUUCGGCAAAUCGAAAAUCAUUUGAAACGAAUAAAAUGGAUGAAAUUUGUAAUAUAUUAAAGGAAUACAAUGCAAGUGACACUGAUAAUAUAAUUGAUUUAUUCAAAGAAUAUAGCGCUAGCAAGAAAGAUAAAGCGGAGGUUCAUUCGAGACUUAAAAAAAUAAAAUGUACUAAACUAAUGGCCUUUGAUGCUAACGGUUUAUACGCUUCCGCCAUGUCGGAUUUAGAUAGCGAAUAUCCGAGAGCGGAAAGUGGUAGACUAUUUCUACCGGAAGAAAAUAAAGAAUUUGUCAAGCUCUUUAAUGAAGAGAAAUUCAGACCUAGAACUGCUAUUUUAAAAGUUUGGUUUGAAUAUCCCAAAAACAUGUUCUUCCAACCGAUACCAGCUAAAGAUAAAAUCACUUUCACGAAUAAAGAAGGUAAAAAGGAAACUGGAACUAAAAUCAGGUUCAGAAAUGGUUUCUGUCACGACGUUUUAACAUCGGUCGAUAUUCAAGAAAUAGUGAAAGCCGGUGGACGAUUUAUUAAAAUAUUAGAUGGUAUAGUUUAUGAAGACAAUUUUAAAACUCCACCAUAUAGAGAUUUUAUUUUAAUUUUAAGAGAUCUUAGAAAUAAAUAUAAACGAGAAGGUAAUAUUGUGGGUAGUAAUGGCAUGAAAUUAUUAGGCAAUUCGUUGUAUGGUAAAUCUAUUCAGAAGGAUAUAACUACAUCGAGACAUCUAUGGAGUGAAGCGACUUUAAAAGCCAACUAUGAUUCACACGUCAAAAGCUAUGAAAAAGUAAAUGAUAGUCAAUAUAUAGUUGAGAUAAAUGAAGAAGAAAAAGAAUUUAUUCCUCCUAAAUCUACACGACUAACACCUAGUCAUUUGGGAUCAUUCGUUUUAUCUCACAGUAAAAAAAUAAUGAAUAAUUUUAUUCACGUGAUAGAUGGAUUUUAUAAACCGGAAAUGUACUAUACUGAUACCGAUAGUUUAUACAUUUCGUCUAGCAAUUGGGAUAAAUUAAAUGAAGCUGGGUUGGUGUCCGAAAAUGAUUAUUGUAAAGGAAAGAAUGAUUACGGUGAUGGUGGAAUUAUAUUUGGUUUAUAUUUAGCGCCAAAAGUUAAAUACAAUAUCAUUCUAACUUCCGAUGGUGUUUUAAAAGAAAACGUUUAA